AAUUCACUUUUCAUUUUCUGAAUAGCAAAAAAUGGACAUACAUUCAGCUUUUUUAGUGUACAAAUUAGUAAUGCAUUCCAAGAUAAGGCGAGCUGUGGAGAGGAAUGAACGAACGUGGAGAAACAGGGGCCCCUUGUAAUCAUGAGGGCAGCCAGAGGCAGAGAAAAAUAGUAACAGUACUGCCUUAACCAUCCACACCUGUUUAGUAACAACUUGGAUAUCGGUGCUUAAGUUAUCGGUGUAAUCGGAGAACGACUUGUUAGGAUCAUAUUAUAUUCAAACAGUCGGAAUGAUGAUGAAAAUGAAUUCCAUAACAUCGUCAGCAGUAGUAUUGAGUAGAGAAUUAAGCAGCAGCAGCAGGUACCACCCUCGCAUCAGUACUAAUAACUACAAUAUUCCAUGCUCUAGACAAGUCAUUCCUAUUCCUAACCGUCGUCUUCUGUGGUUCAAGAAUACGAGUAAUCGGUCUUCCUCUUUCACCUCAUUAGCCAUCAGCAGCGAUCAGGUUGUUUCUGCUACUGAGUCCGACCCCGAGCUCACUUGGCAGAUCCUGGUUGGUGCUUUAGCUGGUGUUAUCCCUUUCGUCGUGGCUGCUAUAGAGUUCUCCAAGCGGAUUGUGGCGCAGAAAAAGUGUGAGGUCUGUCAAGGUUCAGGACUCGUAUUAAUGAAAAAAGAAUAUAUCCGCUGCCCUGAUUGUGGGGGAUUCCUCCCUUGGGUGUCAUGGAAGAGAUUUUUCUCUGGUUAAGUAGCAACUACUAUCUUGUAUAGAAUAUGUUGACGCGAUAGUACAUUCCGCGAGGUUCAUAUACAUCUGCCACCCGAUAUAGCAUACUUCCUCAUAUUGUUAUGUAUAUACAGUUACUGAAUAUUUGCAUUAGAGAAUUGUAAAUGAAUAUGAUUCUGCAGUUUUGUUGGGGAACAUAAAUUAUCUCUGAUGAAAAAAACAAUACUAUGUCUUGAUGGAA